AUGGCAGCUCUCUCCUUGCGUGAGAAAGAACAUGAGCCAGAAGCACGGAAACGUGUGCGAGAAGCCAAAGGUGGGGACUGUGAUGGUGAGGACGCUGAGCUGAUUUUCGUCAGGGUGUAUCAUGUUGAUAAAGAUGCUGACAUUCACUCUGUGCAGGGGAUUUCCAAUCCAAAACCAGUCAUUUCAAACAUUUUGAACAGAACCGUCCCAGGUCCAUACUCAAAAAGAAAGAGAGGCUACCCCAGUCAAGGUUCUCGUCACACAUGGCAGCCUGAGAAUCACGGAACCUUUAUGUCCAAAGAGGUGGCCUCCUUGCCAGAUUCUCAAGCUGGAUUGAGAGCCACAGAUGAUCCUGUUACCAGUUUUUCCUCCCCACGGGGUCACAGAAGGAGCUUCCCCCAGUCCAUGUCUCAGAAUUCCUCAGAUCUGCUCUCCUGGAUUCAGCCUGUGGUUGGCACUGCUCUUUCUGUAGAUGGUGCAGAAAAUAGCUUUAGAAGACUGGUGGACAUAGAGUUUUCAAGACAAGCAAGUCAGCACAAGACCACUAACUCCCAGAAAGGAAUUCCGGUCGUGUUACUUCGUGACUUCUACUACGGACACCAUGACGGACAUGGGCAGCCUGAACAGAAGACUCACACGACCUUUAAAUGCUUCAGCUGCAUGAAGGUCCUAAAGAACGUCAGGUUCAUGAACCACAUGAAGCACCAUUUGGAACUUGAGAGGCAGAGGGGGGACAGCUGGGACAGCCACACCAUCUGCCAGCACUGCCAUCGGCAGUUCCCCACUCCCUUCCAGCUGCAGCGCCACAUCGAGUGUGUGCACAUCCUCCAGGAGCCGUCUGCUGUGUGUAAGAUCUGUGAGCUGGCGUUCGACACGGACCAGGCUCUCCUACAACAUAUGAAGGACACUCACAAGCCUGGAGAAAUGCCCUACGUGUGUCAGGUUUGUAAUUACCGGUCGUCUGCCUUUGCUGAGGUGGACAGCCACUUCAGAACCUGCCAUGAGAACACAAAGAGCUUGCUCUGUCCGUUCUGCCUCAAGGUUUUCAAAACAGCAAACCCGUACAUGAAUCAUUGUUGGAGUCACUGGAAGAAGAGGGUCUUUCAGUGUUCCAAAUGCCGCCUCCAGUUCUUGUCCUUGAAGGAGAAAAUGGGGCAUGAAACUAAGAACCACCAAACGUUCAAAAAGCCAGAGCAACUGAACAGGUUGCCUCUAGCAACCUGGGUUAUUAAUCAAACUUCAGAUCAAUGAGGAUCAAGAGAUGCAACAUCCACUACUCCCGACGCUGCAAGCGCCAACAGUCGCCGCUAG